AUGAAGACAAUCACAGGAAAGGUUCUCUCUACAAGCUCGAUACCCCUCUCCAAAGCCUCCUCCAUUCUCUCCAAAUUCGCCAAUGCUGACACCAACGCCUCACCGGCGCUCUGCGCCUACCUUCGACGUGCUUCUGUUGCUUUUAACGAGUUGUCUCAGCUUCACAAGGAACUCAAAUCCAAUCGCAAAAGCAAAACUUCCAACUCGGAGAUUCUUGCCGAAGAGGAAAAGCCGACCCGAAGUGUCCUCUCUAAUCAACAAACCGGUCUUCCCGAGUUGAGAGAAUCGAGUCACGGGCUAAGCAACGGAGUAGAGAGCAAGAAAAAGAACGAUAAGAAGAAGGAAAGAGGUGAGUUUGUUAACGGGAGUGGAAUUGUUGUGGUCAAGGAGAAGACAGCGAAAAAGAAGAGAAAGAGCGGAGAGAUUGAGGAGAGAAAGGAAAUAUAUUCAGGAGAAUCACCGAUUAAGAAGAAAAAGAAAAGAAAAACUGAAGAGCACAGUUAA